GUUGACUCAGUUUCCCUCAGUUUAAAAAGAGAACACUGCUUCACUUCUGCAGCUUUUCUUUGUACCAAAAAAAUCUAGAGAUUUUCAAAUUUAAAUUCUGUAACAUCACUCAAAUCACCAUUGAUGAUUACCGACUGCAAAAGUUAAAGAAAUCCCAGAAUUUGAAUUUCCUUAAUUGGUAUAGAGAGAAGAAGAAUAAGGGAAGACAAUGGAACCAGUUAAUAUGGAGAUUUGCGAGGAACAAAAUAACUCAUCCGCUGAACUUCCAUUUGCUAGAAGCUACCAGCUUGAGGCUUUGGAGAAAGCCAAGAAGCAGAACACUAUUGUGUUCUUGGAAACUGGUUCGGGAAAGACAUUGAUUGCUGUCAUGCUUCUUCGCAGUUUUGCUCACUCCCUUCACCGGCCUGCACAAUCCAAUAUUGCCGUGUUCUUAGUGCCUACUGUUGUUCUGGUUACGCAACAAGCAGAAGUUAUUAAGAUGCAUACGGAAUUAAAAGUGGGCAAGUAUUGGGGAGAUAUGGGCGUUGAUUUUUGGGAUGCUGCUACUUGGCAGAAAGAGCUUGAUGAACAUGAGGUCCUUGUGAUGACACCAAAGAUCUUGCUUGAUGCUUUGAGCCAUACUUACAUCAAACUGGACAAAAUCAAAGUUUUAAUAUUUGAUGAAUGCCAUAAUGCAAGAGGAAAUCAUCCCUAUGCUCGCAUAAUGAAGGACUUCUAUCACCGUCAAAUGCAUACUAAUGACGUCCCCAGGAUAUUUGGCAUGACAGCUUCUCCUAUCAAAGCGAAAGUUAAAGGUACGUCUGACUCAUAUGGUUACUGGAAAGAUAUCCAAGCCCUGGAAAACCUCAUGCAUUCAAAGGUCUAUACCUGUGUUAGUGAGGCAAUCUUGGCUGAGUAUAUUCCUUUCCCAAGUGCGAAGGCUCAACUUUACACUGAAGAUGCACCAAAUGCAUUGCAGAUGGGUUUGAUUAAUAGCUUGGACAUGCUGAGGGCGAAGCACGUAUCUGUUGUCAGAAAUUUGGAUGUUGAAGAAUCGGCAGAACGAUCUAUAUGUAGCAAGUUAAAAAAGCUGUCAAAAACUUUUCAGUUUUGUUUGAAUGAGCUUGGUCUUUGGGCAGCAUUGAAGGUUGCAGAAAUUAUGUCUUCUGAAGAAACCGACAUUUUCAGCUGGGGUGAAUUGGAUGUUCGUGGUGAGACGACCAUAAAAGCAUUCAAUUCUGACGUGCUCAAGGAGUUAUCAACCCACAAACCGCCUGGCUGCAAUUGGUCAACUUCAAGUAUGAAGGCUAUUUUGGAUGCCAGGAUUAUAUCUUCAAAAGUGUUUUGUCUAGUGGAAUCUCUUCGUCGUUAUAGGAGUUUAAAAGAUUUGAGGUGUAUAAUAUUCGUCGAAAGGGUAGUUACUGCAAUGGUUCUUGAGACUAUCUUGGAUCAGCUACUUUCUCAAACAAGUGGCUGGAGGGCACGAUACAUUGCCGGAAAUCAAUCUGCAUUAAAGUCCCAAAGCAGGAAGGAGCAAAAUAAGAUUGUUGAAGAGUUUCGCCAAGGGGCUGUGCACAUUCUUGUUGCUACCUCCAUUCUAGAAGAAGGGUUAGAUGUCCAAAGCUGCAACUUGGUUGUCCGGUUUGAUCCAUCAGCCAACAUUUGCAGUUUUAUUCAGUCGAGAGGUCGUGCUAGGAUGCAAAAUUCCGAUUUCUUGUUGAUGGUGAAAAAGGGAGAUGAUUCUCAGCUGUUACGCAUGAACAACUAUCUUUCCUCUGGUGAUGUAAUGCGGAAGGAAAGUUUGAGCCAUGCUACGGUUCCUUGUCAGCCUGUAGAAUUUAGUGAAUUUGAUGAGAUCUUCUACCGUGUUCCGAGCACAGGAGCAGUUGUUACGCUGAGUUCUAGUGUGAGCUUGAUAUACUUUUAUUGCUCUCGUCUACCUUCUGACGGGUACUUUAAACCAUCUCCUCGCUGCACCAUUGAUGAGGUUUCAGAGACAUGUACACUACAAUUUCCGAAUAGUUGUCCUGUGCAGUCAGUUUCUGUUAAAGGCGAUAAAAAAAUGCUGAAGCACCUCGCUUGCUUGGAAGCAUGCAAGAAGCUGCAUGAGAAAGGUGCUUUGACAGAUAGUCUCGUUCCGGAUAUUGUUGUAGAAGAGCGUCUUAUGAAAGGCAUUGAGCGUGAAAUCUAUGAUGAGAACCAAGCAAAAUACACCCCACCAGAACUAGUCGGCGAUGGCCCAAGAUAUGCAUCUGACACAUACCACAGCUACUUAAUGGAGCUGAAGCAAGACUUUUACUCUGACAUCCCUGUACACGAUGUUAUUUUAGUUUUCAAAACUGAGCUUGCUUCCGAUGUUGGAAACAUGCAUUUUGACAUGGCAGUUGACUGGGGUAACAUGUCCGUGGACAUAAAGUAUGCAGGAAAGAUCAAUCUCAGUGAUGAACAGGUACUUCUUUGUAGCCAAUACCAGGCGGCUGUAUUGAGGGUUCUUAGAGAUCACAAUUUUGAUAAGUUAGUGGAAUCAUUGAAGGGAUUAUUUGAACGGGAGAAAAAUGAUAGUAUGCCUGUUUCACAUCAUGACUAUCUUAUUCUCCCUCGUCAUUGGCUUCAUCGAAGUUCACUUGUUUCUGAUUUGGAACGUAUAACUUCCGCAUCAUUUUUACGUGACGUUGUUCAAGGUUCAUUCCCUAACUGCAAUAAGCGCAAGUGUCCUCAGCCUAAAAAAAAAGAUGAAGUUUACACCAAGAACGGGUUUUUACAUCGUAGUGUGCUGGAAAACUGUUUGGUGUGCACACCUCAUAAUGGUUACAUCUAUUCUAUCUCGGGUUUUUUAGAUGGUAUGGAUGGAAACUCCCUUUUGAGUUUGAGCAAUGGUGAAGUAAAAACAUACAAGAGUUACUACAAAAUUCGCCAUGGGGUUGACCUAAAAUUUGAAAGUCAAGCCCUACUUUGUGGGAGGCAGGUUUUCCGACUGCGGAAUUACCUCCAUAGGUGCAAGCAGAAAAAGGAGAAGGAGUCGAGUGGUGCUUCUGUUGAACUGCCUCCUGAACUCUGUCUCGUCAUCAUGUCGCCCAUUUCAGUUGCGACCUUAUAUACGUUUUCAUUUAUUCCUUCGAUUAUGCACCGAGUUGAGUCUCUGCUAUUGAGUGCCAACUUGAUAGCCAUUAUCACGGAACACUGCACGCAAAAUGUUUUUAUUCCCGCCACCAAGGUUCUGGAAGCAAUUACUACCAAACGCUGCCAGGAGAAAUUUCAUCUAGAAUCCCUAGAGACCCUCGGAGAUUCGUUUUUGAAGUAUGCUGUUUGCCAACAGCUGUUUAAGACUCAUCAACACAAUCACGAGGGACUCCUUAGUAUAAAAAAAGAUAGAAUUAUUUCCAACGUUGCCCUUUGCAGGCUAGGGUGCCAACGCAAGAUUCCGGGUUUCAUACGCUAUGAUUCCUUCGAUCCUAAGAAUUGGAUCAUCCCCGGGGAUCCCGGAGACUCCAGACUGGAUAAAGAGCUAAUUAGUAGCACUCAUAAGGUCUACAAUGGCGGAGUUAGAAAAAUCAAGAGCAAGAGAGUUGCCGAUGUUGUUGAAGCACUAAUUGGUGCAUUUCUUAGCUCUGCUGGAGAAAUACCGGCAUUGAGGUUCAUGAACUGGCUUGGCAUAGAGGUGGAGUUUUCGUGUAUUCUGUAUCAGAGGAACAUCCCUGUAAAUCCCCGUUUGCUCGUAAACAUAACACGUAUUGAGUCCAUUUUGAAUUACUCGUUCAAGGAUCCGUCUCUGGUAGUUGAAGCACUUACCCACGGUUCAUAUAUGUUACCCGAAAUCCCUCGAUGCUAUCAACGUUUGGAAUUUCUGGGAGAUGCGGUGUUGGAUCAUCUGAUCACAUUAUACCUUUACUCAAAAGAUCCCGAGAUGUCUCCUGGUCUGUUGACUGAUCUGAGAUCAGCCUCGGUUAAUAACGAAUGUUAUGCUCUAUCUGCUAUUCGCGCUGGACUUCACAAGCAUAUACUCCAUGCUUCACAGAUCCUGUACAAGCAGAUGGGUGCUGCUGUUGCAAGUUUUCAGAAUUCAUCUUUAGAGUCGACAUUCGGUUGGGAAUCAGAAACAAAUUAUCCCAAGGUUUUGGCAGACAUAAUAGAAUCCUUAGCCGGGGCAAUCUUCGUCGAUUCUGGAUUCGACAAACAAGUCGUAUUCAACAGUAUACGACCUCUCUUGGAACCCCUCGUUACACCAGAAACACUGAAGCUAAACCCGGUACGAGAGCUGAAUCAUUUGUGUCAAACACAUCAUCUGACUAUAAGUAAGAACAGAACUUCCGAGAACGGUGUUGCUUCGAUCACACUCGAGGUCGUCGAGGCAAACGGGGUUGUACACAAACAUACGUGCACUGCUUCUGAUAGAAAGAUGGCCAAGAAAAUCGCUUCUAAAGCUAUUCUCAAGUCGUUGAAAGAAAGUUCCGGAAAAUUGUGAAACUUCUUCUGCUCAGGUGAAUCACGUUCCGAGAAGUAUGGAAACUCGUAGAUUUCGUGCUUAAUCAUGCACGCGGUUGUAGAAUUUUGUCCGGCUCCGGCUCCGGCUCCGGCUCCGGUAGGAAAGAGAUAGGGUAAAUAGUUUUGUUAGGUGGUCUUUUUUGAUGUAGAGUGAUCCAACCUUCUGGGAAGUAGUUAUGGAGUAGUGUGUUAGUACAUGAGUGUAUAGGCCUCUUUUUUCAUAAUUAUUUUACCGGGUAUUCGGUACCCGUUUGACUAAAAGAACGGCGAUAAUAAACCAAGUCGGGUACCCGACCAAUUAUUUUGGAAUAAAUAGAAAAUUACCCGGUUAUAUUGUGUCG